CCGCGUGUUGUGUCAGUGCACUCUCUCUUCGCGUGGCGCUCCAGAGAUGGCGAUCGUGCUUCGCAUUGGCGUGUUGCGACAGUAUCUAGCCUCCAUUUUGGUGAACCUGCUCGGUGUGGGCUACGGUACGGUGAGUGGCUGGAGUUCGGCGGCGCUGCCACUGCUCGAAUCAACCGAUCAGAGUCCACUGGUCGGCCAUGGUCCGAUCAGCCCGGAGGAAGCCUCCUGGAUCGGUGGAGCGCUCUGCCUGGGUGGCAUCGUGGGAACGUUCGUGGCCGGUCUGCUGGUCGAUCGAAUCGGACGCAAGUGGACGGCCUGGUUGGCCGGGUUUCCCCUGGUAGCCGCCUGGGUGCUGGUCAUCCUAGCGGACCACCCCGGGUAUCUGAUAGGAACACGGUUCCUGGGCGGUCUGGCCGGUGGCAUCCAGUAUGUGGCGAUUCCCCUGUACGUCCCGGAGCUAGCCGAAACGAGUAACCGUGGCACCCUGGGCUCAAUGCUCGUGCUGUCGUGCUGCGUUGGUGUUGAGCUGGCGUACCUGGCCGGUGCCUUCCUGCCCUACCAUACCAUCCCGUGGGUUUGCCUCACCGUACCGCUCUUCUUUCUCGUCACCUUCUUCUUCAUGCCCGAAUCACCGCACUAUCUGGCCACCGUGCAGCGUCAUCAGGCAGCAGAACGCUCGCUCCGGUUCUACCGAACUAUCCGCACCGGAACGGCCGUUACCAUGUCGGCAGAGUUUGAGGACGAACUGAAGCGCUUGCAAGCCUCCGGUGGUGGCGUCGGCGUCGGCUGCAAGGAGAAGCAUCAGCACCAAAGGACAAACCAGCAUCCGAACCAGACACCACCACUCCGUUGGACAGAUUUCAAUACCAAUCAUGCCCGGCGCGCCUUCCUGAUUUGCCUGUUCUUCAUGACGCUCAACCAGUUCUGCGGUUGCUUCUAUAUGAUGAACUAUGCUGGAUCGGUUUUUGCCGGGUCCGAGGCAACCGGGCCGACCGACCAACCGGCCGCACCGGGCCUGUCCGCUAACCACUCGGUGAUCGUCGUCGGUUUGAUUCAACUUUGCGGCUGCUACGCCUCGACGCUGCUGGUUGAUCGGUGGGGCCGUAAGCUUCUGCUGGUCAUCUCAUCGCUCGGCAUGGCCCUCGGUCAGUUCGUGUUUGCCGGCUACUGUUACGGGCAGACGCUGGGCUACGAUUUGACCGUGGUCCGCUGGUUGCCACUGGUGUGCUUUUCCGCUGUACUCCUGGUCGGCUCGUUGGGUGUUCUGCCGUUGCCGUUCGUCGUCCUGGGUGAGAUCAUGCCGCUGAAGAUCAAAGGAUUCGCCACCACGUUCUGUAUGGCCUUCAAUUGGGCGCUCGCUUUCCUCGCCCUCAAGUAUUUCGGCAGCAUCGGGAUCGUGUACGGGAUGCAUGUAAUGCUGUGCCUGUUUGCCGUCAGCUCGCUGAUUGGGGCCAUCUUCACGCUGCUGGUGCUCCCGGAGACAAAGGGUAAAAGCUUCGAGCAGAUCCAGCAACUGAUGGAACGAUAGUCGAUAGCUGCAUUGCCGAUUGAUGGACAAGCGACAAAAGGCCCCAAUUGAUGGUUACGGUGCUUUAUCUUUUGAUUCAUUCAUAACGGAACCAUAAAAAGGGAAAAAAGAAUUCAAAAAGACUUCAGCCGGAACAGAGAAACCAGACUUAAAGCGAUUCUAGACAGCUUUUGAAAGAAAAAGAAAACAGA